AGUUGGAUUAUACGAGUGUCACAGUCCAAUAAGCAUUUGUUUGUACACGACGGCGUUUGUGGGCUGAAUCAGAAGUGAUCGAGGGACGUAAUCGAUCCGUUUUGGAUAAAGGUUGGAAAUGGUGGCGAACUCUUCGCUUGUGGCGUUGACACCUAUAAAACAGAGCGCCAAUCACAAUGUUGUCGUCAUACACAGAGAGCAAGGACUCGAUGGUGAUAAACUGUUGCAUGCAGCAGGAGGACCUCACACUGGCCUGAUCAUCAACAGGCUUUCCAAAUAUGUUUCUGGAGAGUAUCGAAAUAAUGUGGAGCUAUCUUUUUCGGUAUGGCUGAGUGACGGCAUCAGUAGAAAGCAGGAGAAACGUAGCAUGAAAUUUUUCAUACGGGACGAUGUGGAGUUGGAAGUCGGGCAGUCGGUUGUGCAUAAUUUCUUCAAACAGCUCAUGUCCGGAUUCCCUAAAGAUUAUGUAUCCUUUAUGACUCGUGUACUGAAGCUGAUGCAACAUGAGUACGCUGAGAUCAUGCGCAUUGAUAUGGACUUUAAGCUUGUUAGCGAAGAUGAGCAAGUUGUCAUCCCAGAUGCCGCACAGUAUGAUUCUGGCUCAGAAGUGGAGGAGGUUACUGUAGGGCAUGUACAAGAAGUGCUUGAGCAUGCAUUCCCUAAUGGGCUUACUCUUCCUGUCAUGGCUGAUGCACUAAGAUGCACUGAAGAAGAAGUGUACAAGUAUCUGAAGGAAUUAGAAGCCUUAGGUGUUGCUCGCAUGGUCGAGGACGAAUGGUUGCGGGUAGACACUCGUAAUGUUGAUGCUGUAGCACGAGCUCCUCAAGGUCCUUCCGAUCAACCAACCGUUGCUAUUAUUUCCUGUCUUUUUAUUGAGAAGCAAGCUGUAGAUGCACUGAUUGACGACAGAACUACUGUGCACAAGUACAAAUCCGGCGGAGACUCGAAUGUAUACACUAUGGGUCGCAUCGGACAGCAUCGUGUUGUUGCGACAAAGCUUGCUUUGAUUGGAGAUACCCGUGAAGCUACGACUAGUGCGGGAUCCAUAACAACAAGACUGUUAGGAAACUUCCAACAUAUCGAACAUGUACUUGUUGUUGGCGUAGGUGGAGCUGUUCCCCACUUUACUGAUGCAAAGCGUCAUGCUCGAUUGGGCGAUGUCAUUGUGAGUGCAAGCCGACCAGACGCAUAUAUCUUCUCUCAUGACCUUAUAGUCGAUAGAAAAACUGAGGCGUUUUCUGGGUUCGCUGUAAGACGAUGGAAUCCUGUAGAUCACGUGAUUGAAAAGAUAGUCGCCAACGGAGGUGAUGAAUUGCUGUCCGAAUGGAAUGCAGCCACAGAGGAGGGAAUUCACCGGCUUCACCAAGCUGGCGGUGACAGCGAUUUUGCGAUGCCACCAGCUGACACAGACGUUUUGGCCUUACCUGUUGGCGGAGGCAACGUCGUUGUUGUACCGCAUCCGAACCAAGGCAGUCGCAAAGGCGCUGAAGUUCAUCUUGGGCCAGUAGGAGCAUUGGCGAACUUCAAGCGACACAUCGAAGAUGGCGAAGAGGAUUCUAUUGGGGCGCUGCGUGCGAAAUUUGCCGAGGAAUUCGAAGUGCGUGCUAUUGAUGCAGGCUUUGAUUCGGUGAUCGCUGCUAUCACUGGAUCCCGGAUCGACUCUUGGGCUAUGAUCAGAGGCAUUGCUGAUUAUCAGCAUGGUAUGAGCCGUGCCAGCAAACUUUGGCAGGCUCACGCUGCUGCCCGUGCCGCUGCUAUGGCCCGGGUACUUGUCGAAAGACUCCCUUCUCCUAAUUGACCGAAAAAUUUUUGCUUGUCUCAUGUCCCAAAUGCUCUUUUUAUGAAACGUGUCUCUGCGUGGACCUGAUGACCUUCAGUGAACCUUUUUCAUGACUUGCACUGCCUAUUUCCGUUGUGCUCUUCUAUAUACAUGGUAUCUCAUCGCAUUCCAUACGCUACUGUGUUUUCGCACCUCAUUAGUUUCUAGAGAAAGUCCGUGUGUGCUAAUCGGCUAUGAGGUGUGAAUAUAGGUUGUUUUUAGUUGAGGCAACUUACUCCGGUGAUCCUCGGUUGUUUCUCUUCUCGUCUUCGUUGUGUUUUCUUUUCUAACACAAUUCCUCAUUCAAUCAUCGACACUUACGAGUUUUCGAUGUUUCUGGCCCAACGCUGUGUAUGACUGCCUAUUUUUUUCCUAGAAAAUGGCAUUUUAUUUAUUGUCGAUGUCGCAUUCAAAUUACCUUUGAAUGUGCAACACUUUUUGCCGAUUAGGACUCCAUUGUGUUAAUCGUUUGAUAGUAGUAAAUAAUGCUUAAAUAAUAAAUUUCACGCUUAUCGG